AUGGCAUCUGCAGGGCCGUCGAAGAGCUCGUCGCGUAGCACUGCAGGCUCGCAGUGGACUGCGAAACAAAACAAGAAGUUCGAGAGGGCGCUCGCUGUCUACGACAAGGACACACCCGACAGGUGGUACAACGUGGCUCGAGCCGUCGGAGGGAAGACGCCCGAGGAGGUGAAGCAGCAUUACGAAAAACUCGUUAGGGACGUCCAGCAGAUCGAGUCUGGCCGCGNAACGUGGAACAACAAGGCCUCGGCCGGUCGAUUUCUGCGGCCGCAGAGUUGGUCGCCGAAAAGGGAAGAGAAAUAA